GCCCAAGACAUCCGGACUUAAAUCUCUAGCCUCAUAGUUCAAUCCUCGUCACAAUGCGCUCCUCAUUCAUCGCAUCUGCCCUCGCGGCAAUCCCCCCAGUUCUUGCUUUGACCCGGUCUCCUGCACCGACUGUUACAAAUGGUCAAUACGUCGUUGACGGCUACGCAUAUGCCAAGCGCCAGAUUUUCAACUUUGCAAGUGGCACUACCCUUCCCAGCAACCUCUACAAGAGCACCUGGAACAUUUCUGACCCACCUACCCAUCGCUUCGAUGCUGCUAAUGUCGUUGUCGGCGGCGGGUACAUGAACCUGAAGGUUCCGGGUGGUCAGACAGCGAUGCCUUACAGCUCUGCCGAGGUUUCCACAACAUUCAACGUCAAGUACGCUUCAGUUCGUACUGUCGCUAUCUUCAGUGAGCCAGCGGGAGUCUGCAAUGGAGCGUUCUUCUAUCAGAGUGAUACCCAAGAGACCGACAUCGAGUGGCUUUCCGAUGCGGCUUCCCUUAGCAACCAGGGAACUCGCAAGCUCUGGCUCACCAACCAGGAUACCGAUGGCGACGGCAUCAAGACAUACAACGCCAUCUCUCCCCCUGCCAGCCCGACUAACACCGAGCACGAGUACCGUCUCGACUGGACUCCUGGCCGUGUAACCUGGUACGUUGACGGCGUCCAGGUAUGGACCACGACUGGCGAUGUGCCCACCGCCACUGGUCCCUGGGUGUUCAACAACUGGUCCAACGGUGACAAGGGCUGGAGUGCCGGCCCCCCCGCCACCCAGGCGGAUUUCAAGAUCAAGGAUAUUUACAUGUACUACAACCAGUGAUCUGUGGAGAGAUGUUUUCACAAAGAAGUACAUGUACCUUGUCGAGAAAUGCGGGACUAUCUACAUGUACUUGUAUGAACAUGGGUUGCAUAUCAUUUGAUGUCUCAUGGUUUCGAGUAGUACUAACCUUAAUG